AAAUAAUGCAAACAAAUCACUCUUGGCAACUCAAACGUCUUCCAUUUGAUGUCUCAUUACAACGCCUCUUGUAGAGGAAACUUGAAAUAAUAAURAUGAAAAUGACCCAACUUCGUAACCUUCUAUUGGGAGCAAGUGUUUUAGUAGGGAUCGAUAAAUCUGACGCGACAUUUGACAAGCGCGGGGCAUCUUUACGUGGGAAAGCCCGGAAACAUAAUGGGCGCAAAUUAGUCAGUGAAGAUGCGAAUCUMGGAGAGUUUCCAUUCUUCACUCAAUGGGGAGGUUGUGGUGCGACUUUGAUUUGGGGAGAUAUACUKUUAACCAGUGCUAGUGUACGUAGUUCGUCAUGAAAAUAAAUCGACUAUGGAUAUCGUAUUGUUUCUUCCUCUGUUUUCUSAUUGCAUAUUGCUUCUUGACGUUUCUCUUCAUAUACAGUGCGAUGAAGUCAAAAGUAAAACAGUCCUUGUGGGUGCCCAUAGGUCGAAUGAGGAACAGGGAGGUUCAGURAAACGAAAGAUUGUAUCGCGYCACAUACAUCCCGAAUAUAAUCAAGAAAAUCUCUUGAACAACUUCAUGAUUCUCAAGCUGAACGAAACRGUAGAUGUACAAACUGCAUUGAUCAAUGCUACAAUAGMGAUUCCUACCGAUCCGGAACUUUACGGUGUCGGGUUUGGUUUCACGCCAUCACUCGUACAUGUGAAUGAAAUCUACAGCAGGUCAUUUCAUCACUCAGUUUUGGACACAUCUGAAUUACUACAAUCUGGUAAUGACCAGGGAUCAGUGCUACAGAAAGCAAAAAUGAMAAUAAUUCCCCAUGCAGWAUGUAAUGCAUAUGAUCAAUAUGCUGGUUUCAUCGAUGACGGAUCAAUGAUAUGCGUUAGCGACGAUGAUGCAACUUGUAAGUCUAGACCUUUUUAUUGUUCGAACAAGUCGAACCGAAAUGAUUUCAACUAAUUUGCGUCUGUCACCUACAAUUCAUUCUCCUGACAUGAUUUCGAAGGCUUGGGUGAUAAYGGAGGCCCACUAUGCGCAAUGAUAGAUAACAAAUGUCUCCAAAUUGGMAUCGUCUCUUUUGGAGAUUCAUGUUCGACGAGGUUACGUCCGACCGUCUACUCUAGCAUAYCUGCRGCGUAUGGUUGGAUAGAAAARAUKAUAUGCCAUGUUUCGAGCAAACCACCAUCUAGUUGUCAAACUGUUGUAAAAAUACGAGAACCAUAUCCUGGAUUAAGCGAAUCAUUUACARGCAGGUCUGCASACAAAAAUUCUAAGGAGCUACCCCUUCCUUCGACUCAUCUUGAAAGCAAAGUCCCGACGGAUUACCAGUCCUUCAUUCCGAGUARCAAGCCUUCACCUGUCAGUUCUUUGAUGCCAUCUGACGGUCCAUCUUUAGCUCCGAGUGAAAAGCCUUCUUUCCACAACAAUAAGCCAAGCUCUGYCGACCAGGACAAUAGAUCCCUGAGAAAACAAGCAAUUAGGUACAAAAUGCCUCGAUAUCCUAGGACAGAUUUGGAUGUAACAGUAAGGAAAGAACCAGAUGGCAUUCAUCUUUUUUUCUGGAGAUUUGGUUCUCCACAUUCGAAGCUUGGAUUAUGUGAAGGAGAUUGCAAUAKUGACGAUGAUUGCGMUGAAGGUUUAUAUUGUUAUCAUAAGGAUCCUAGUGUCACUUCCGUACCUGGUUGUGUCGGAACAGAUACAAGUCGAACUGAUUUUUGCACAAUUAAAUCRGACCAAAAUUCGUCUGUCCAUGAUGAGUCAUCCAGAAUUGAYGAGACAGCAAAGCUACCUGUGCUGUCUCUAAAAAAGCUUGGACAAUGCGAAGGAGAUUGCAAUAGUGACGAGGAUUGUGCGGAGGGUCUUUAUUGUUUUAUGAGAGAUGGAAAUGUAGAGUCGGUCCCUGGAUGCAGUGGAGUUGAUAAUAGCCGAACAGAUUUCUGUACUAYUAAAACUGUGAGUGGUACGAACACUUCAACAAAYGGGCCACGYAUCAGCAAUCAAGUGCUGAUAGGUGAUGGCGCGAUGCCAAUGUUAUUUGUUUAUCCAGAGAACCCUCCGGAUAUUUCAAACUUGCCGCUUUUAGCUUGUCAGGGGGAUUGUGACAACGAUUCAGACUGUGCUGAUGGUCUCAUUUGUUACUCAAGGMAUGGGRAAGAAACAACAGUGCCAGGAUGUUCUGGAGAAUCUACUACAAGGACAGACUUUUGUGUAGAUCMCGCGUAUAUUAUGUCUCCAACAUUUGAGCCCUCUCGUAAGGCGUCUGGUCCUCCAGCAGAAACAGCUGGUCGCUCAGAAAWUGAACCUCUUGAACCAACACCUUCCCCYAGCAGAACGUGGAAUGCUAUUGACGAUUUAUUCGCAAAUGCAGCGGCCACGCAGCCCCCUACGCUUACUCCAACUUCGAUUCCAACUCAAUUCAUAGAGGAAACUUUAGCUCCRACGAUACCGUCUCCGUCUCCCAGUUUGAUACCAACGUCAACGAUAGCGAGUCCRUCUCAAUCCCAAUCAUCGGUUUCGAUUACGGUYGCCAUAUUCUUUGAUCCAUGGCCUGAAGAAGUCUCCUGGAAAAUUGAAAGUGAAGAGGGGGACUUGAUAACUGCUGUGACUGCAGGUAGUUACACGAGCACCAUCGAUCAGACUUUCGAAUUGGUGACGGUCAAACCGGGAAAAAUGUACAGAUUUACUAUUGCCGACGCCGGCAACGAUGGGAUYGCAGGGAUAGGUAAUCUGUACGAGAUCGUCAUGACGGAAAAUCCCGACAUWAUGCUACUWGAUGGGGAUGGGGUCUUCGAAAACGGCCGGACKAAAAUGUUCUACGUUCCAAAUACAGAGGAAUACCCGACGAGCGCUCCUACAGAACCAACUAUUUCUCCUGCKCCCACUUUCAAUACAGUAAAUGUAUAUUUGACUAUCGUAUUUGAUAACUGGCACCAAGAGACAUCAUGGGAGAUUACCGCGGCUGACGAUCCAACUGUCGUUUUUGCUGAAGCUGCAUACGACACAUACCGUGGCGGGGAGAAGAUAACAAAUGAGAUCCCUCUGCCACCGGGCCAGGAAUACACUUUCACAAUCAAUGAUUUUUUUGAAGAUGGUAUCAAGGAUGGGGAAUACUUGCUAAAAUCUGCCGACGGCAUCAUUUUAUUCGAAGGGAAUGGCGAUUUCGGUGCGUCCCGUAAUCAUACAUUCACGGUACCGGAAAACCCAUGAUAGUUUUACCGACGUAGGUGAUCCAAUGCAUGAUGUUUUAUCGAAACAAAGUAAUCSUUUGAUUUCCUCAAGUAUGAAGGAAAACUUGGUAAGGGCAAUGCCAUAAGUCAUAGAAGUUGAAUARGGUCCGAUUUUCUGCCUAUGCAUUCCUGUACWUCAGAGACAGUCGUUUAAUAAUUUUUGAGAAAUACA